GGAGACUGCCUUAGAGGGCUACCAUCCACUCCUGACAUUUUUGUGAAUGUUACCCCUUUGUAACAAGGCUCAGAACAGAAAUGUGCAAGAACUUGUUCCUAACUCACUGCUAAUACAGACCCAACUGAGCAUAGUCUCAGCAACUUGUGUAACAUUUCUCUUUAUGUUUACUUAAGGUCACUUUCCAGCUGUUCAGUGAGUAAAAAAAAAGAAAUGUACAGGAAAUCUUUAGGAACGAGUUAUUGGUGCAAAGGGUCUGAUUAUGAAAUAUUUUCUUGGAGUUUCCCUUUGUUCCUGUUGCUCUGGAUGUCCUCGCCGUUCCUCAGAGCCGCUGAAGCUUUUCCAACGUGGAAGAUUGAGCUGGAAGAAGGCAGAACUGCAUUAAGAAAAUCAUACCAGAUUCCUACUUCACCAGAGGAGCUGCCCAACACAUUCCUGUCACGCCAGAAGCGUUACGCCAUUAACCCCUUGCUGCACAAAUGGGACCACUUCAACAUCACAUAUAAGAUUGUACGGUUUCCAAGCACUCUGAAUAAAGAUGACACCAGGAAAGCCAUUGCAAUAGCCUUUGUAAUGUGGAGUGAUGUGUCACCUCUGACCUUCACAGAGGUCCCACCACAGAAGGAUGCAGAUAUCAAAAUUGGAUUUUACACGUUCAAUCACACCGACUGCUGGUUUGCCCCACUUCACCCCUGCUUUGAUGGACUCAAUGGUGAGCUGGGUCACGCUUUCCUGCCACCACUUGGUGAGAUUCACUUCGACAAUCAUGAGUUCUGGAUUCUGGGGAAGUCUCGAUUCAGCUGGAAGCAAGGUGUUUGGCUAAAUGACUUGGUGCAAGUUGCAGCUCAUGAGAUUGGACAUGCACUGGGGCUUAUGCACUCCCGCAAUGAGAGUGCGUUGAUGCAUCCCAAUGCAACUUUCACCGGGCAGCGAAGAAUCACACAGGAUGACAUCUGGGGAAUCCAGCGACUAUAUGGUUGCAUUGAUAAGAAGAGGCUGUGUGAUCCCUGGGCACGAGUUGGAUUCUGCAAGAAGCGACGCUCAUUCAUGAAAAAGCAUUGUCCUAAAGUUUGUGACCUGUGUUUUGAACCACCAGAUGCAGCAAUUACAACCACUGCUCUACCUCAAAAUAUCAAGAUGAAAUAUGUAUCCAAAGGUCGUAUAGUGACCUUCCGAUGUGGAAAGACUCUCUCACAUACAACUCCUCUUAAUGUCAGUUGGUACAAGGAUGGGGAAUUGUUAGCCAAUUCAGUGCCUGGAUACUUCGUUGUGAAAGACCAGGACCUCAGCAUUGUGGCAAAUGAGUAUAACGAGGGUCUGUACACCUGCCAAAUCCAGCGGAAAAUGUUAACGCUUCAAGCCAAUUCUUGGUGGAUCAGGGUCAAGGAAGACAAUGAUAUUGCUGAGCCAAAAGGUGUCAACUCCCACUGAGGAUGAGUGUGGCAGCAUGGAAUCAUUCCAAGCUAUUGUAAAACAUGUAAAUAUGACCACAGAGGACAAUGAUCUAGCUUGACCAAUUGCUUGACAAAGUCAAUGGCCAGUCACUUAGCAACAUCACUGAUUCCCCAACCGGAUGGUCACGAGUUUGAAUCAUAAUGCUACCUGAAAUUAUAUAUUUAAUCAGCUCCAAAUGAAUUCUUUGAGGUAGUUGGUGAGCGUCUUGAGGAAAAUGUUCCCGUUUGGGAAGGAAAGGAAACAAAUUCUGCUCAUCUUGCUCCAGAGGCAGGUGGGUGUUCAAAAUAUUGAAUCAGUGAAGAUUUAUAUAUCUUGACUAAACUUCCCUCCUCUUGAAAGCUGAGAGAAGGAUAAUAAAGGAGUUAGGUAGACUCUGUCAAAAAGAAGGGAAUUUGUCAGGUUAAUACAUUUUUUCAUGCUAUUACACCAGAAUAAGAAUUUAUCUCCCUUUAAUAAUUAAGCAAAUAAUGAACUGCCGAACUCACAGGCUCCAGACAAUGCAAUAAUAAAUUGGAUGGGAGGUUUACAGGAUCCUCCCCAAUUUUCUGCUCAUUUAAAUGAAUGAAUGGGAAAUUGAGUGUGGCUCCAUUAUAGAUGCCCACUUUUAGUUCUACUUUUUAUCCCAAGCACAAUUAGGGUUGUCAACCGGUAGGGUUGGCCUGGAGUCUCCAGGAGUUGAACAUCAAUCUACAGGACACUGCCAUUUGCAACCCUGGAGAAAAACCAUCGGGACAUUAAAAAAGAUUUUUUUGGUCAUUUCCUUUGAACAUUUCUUUUUACCAGAUAUAAAUAUAUUGAAAAUGGGAAAAAAGGCUGUUUGACUCACAGUCAAGCAUCAUCCAAUUGGGUAAUGAGUCUUUUUUGCUUAGGAAAACAGUAAAGACAUUGCAUCACAAGGAUGGAUGUGUUGGCCGACUAAUGACUGGAGAAUGGGGGCAAGUCAUGGAAUGAAAUCUCCUGAAGUAAAUUUAAUCACAGUUGGCAACCCUAAGCACAAGAUACUGCAAUAAAUCUGAUCCAUGUUUCAGUCAUGAGUUUGAAGUGGAAUAAGCUCUAAAGACUGUUACAACACCUCUUUCACUCAUUGGUUGUGUCAAUAUUUAAACUCAUGGAGUCACCAUGAACAACCAAUGGUAUGAGGUGGCUGUACUCGCUGGUGUAACUGUGCCAAUUCAUUAAUGUUCUGUCUAUAAACAUUGACUUACACUGAAGCAAUAUGAUCAUUGGUAUAAACACAGAAAGUACUGGAAAUCACCAAGAACUUUGGUGAGCCCUUCGGCUCACUGAUCACAUUGUUCCAGAAUACCAACCAUGCAUCAAUUCAUUAAACAUCCUACAGUUUCAUAGUGAGUGCUGUAGAAAGAACGGGGCCGAGAUUUAACAUCUCAUUCAAAACACAGCACCUCAACACCGCAUUGCAGUGUCAGCCUAGAUUAUGGAUAUAGGUCUCUGAAGAAAGAUUUGAGCACAAAGCUUUCUGACUCAGAGACUAACAUGCUACCACUGAGCCACAGCUGCAGAUAAUUUCUCUUAGUCAGUUGAAUGAGUGAUGGCCUCUAGUGAGCAGAGUCUGUAGAGUUGUGACUUUUUCUCUCCUUCUCAAAGUACCUUUGCCAGCAAUCGUCCAUCCAUUAAUACUCCCUGAAGACUGCAAUCUAGCAAUGUUGUCCAAUACUUUAGCAUGUGGCUAAUUGUAUUUCUGAUUCUUAAAUAAAAGUAACAUACACUG